AUGGACUAUUCUACACAGGACAACCAAAACGCUGCUCCCGGUGCUUUGGAUGCUGCCAAGCUCAAUGGAGCCCGCAAGCCUGAUUCUCAAAGCGUCACCAAGAGGCUGCAGACUGAGCUGAUGCAGCUUAUGACUUCGCCUGCUCCUGGCGUAUCUGCAUUUCCAUCGGCUGAUGGCAAUCUUUUAUCAUGGACUGCAACCAUCGAGGGUCCGGAUGACACCCCCUAUACUGGUCUGACCAUGAAGCUGAGCUUUGCUUUCCCUUCAAACUACCCCUAUGCCCCCCCUACGGUUCUGUUCAAGACCCCCAUCUACCACCCAAAUGUCGAUUUCUCAGGUCGCAUCUGCCUGGACAUUCUCAAGGACAAGUGGACUGCCGCCUACAACGUCCAGACUGUUCUGCUGAGCCUGCAAAGCUUGCUCGGAGAACCCAACAACGCAUCCCCGCUGAACGGCGAGGCUGCAGAGCUCUGGGACAGCGACCCAGAGGAGUUCAAGAAGAAGGUGCUGGGACGGCACAGGGACAUCGAGGAGGAGUAA